AUGUAUACCAAGAAUGCUCGGUGCCCAACUCCCGGCCGGGAGCACAUUCCCGUUUACCCCAAGGGUUUUAUUGCCAUUCGGGUCGCGCAGCUCGUCGUGGCGCUCACCAUCAUAGGCUUGGCGGCGUAUGGCAUCUCCAGCAUCCCCAUGGACGGCAGCUGCUUCGUCUUAUCUGUGGGUAUCAUGACGAUGCUCACCUCCAUCUACCACUUCGUCGCUGAGACCGACAUGCCGCUCGCCUACAACUACUGGGUCAUUAUGGGGCUUGACAUCAUCUAUGUGGCCCUAUGGUUCAUCGCCUCUAGCUUGCUCGUCGCCCGCGUCGGGCCGGCGGGCUACUACUGUACGUCCACGUUCACGUGCUCGGCCCACCUGACGGCGGACACAUUCUUCUGGAAGCAGACGCAGCAGGCCGCGGCAGGGCUGAGUGCUACAGAAUUGUACGUCUCUCUCUCUCUCUCUCUCUCUCUCUCUCUAUCUUGUCUUUUUCGCUUUGAAGAAGAGAGACAAGAUAAAACUUGA